UUCAACAAAAGCCACGAAGGUCGUUCUUAUCGCUGGAACUAGCAGCUGUGGCGUGAUUCAUUCCAUUGAUAAGUCUUUUCAGAUUGUCGUCACAGAGGGAAAGGACGUAAACAUGAUUCUGCUGUUGGUUCUAUGUUUGUGUGGGGUCACAAUCGACGCGUUCCUCAUAACCUCAUCCAAACCCUCUGAGGUGUGCUACGGGGACCUGGGUUGUUUCAGUAACGCCGCGCCCUUCAAGAGCAGCAAGCGACCCAGCAGCUUCCUCCCCAAAUCUCCCCAGGAGAUCAAGACCAGCUUCCUCCUGUACACACGUGCCAAUCCCGCAUCAGACAAAGAGGAGACGCUGUCAGUGUCGGAUCCCGCCAGCUUCUCCAAGUCUCACUAUGACCCCACUCACCCCACCAAGUUCAUCGUCCACGGCUUCACACACAACGGACACAAACAGUGGAUUCAGAACAUGAAGACAGAACUACUGAAAAGUGCGGAAAUGAACGUGAUCAUUGUGGACUGGGGGAUUGGGGCAGCACUGCCCUAUGGUCAAGCUUCGGCCAACACCCGUCUCGUCGGCGCCCAGGUCGGCCAACUCAUGAACUACAUCCUCAACAACACCAACAGCGAACCCAUACGCUUCCACAUCAUCGGACACAGCCUGGGGGCGCACGUGGCUGGUUAUGCUGGGGAGAUAGUCAAGGAUCUGGGAAGAAUCUCAGGCCUUGAUCCAGCCGAGCCGUUCUUCGAGGACACGCCACCGCAGGUUCGCCUUGACCCAACUGACGCCUCCUUUGUCGACGUGAUCCACACCGACGACGGCACGAUCCUGUCCCUAGGCAUGGGCGCUAAGCAGGCUAUGGGUCAUGUGGACUUCUACAUCAAUGGUGGAUCUGUUCAACCCGGAUGCGAUACGAACGUCCUGUCCAAACUCACCCACACUGUCUGGAAUGGUAUCACGUUGGGUUAUUAUGGUGCUGAAGCUGCCGUCGCCUGCAGCCACGAGAGGUCCUACGCCCUCUACACCGAGAGCAUCAACUCAGGCUGUCCGUUCAUGGGGUUCCCUUGCACCGGCGCGGAUGACUUCAACAGAGGCCGUUGUCUCUCGUGUCUUGGCAACCAGUGUUCCAAUAUGGGUUACCAUGCCGACGCAAGCCCGGGGCGCGGAUCUCUGUUCCUCAACACACAAGCUUCUUCCCCAUUUUGCAGCUACCACUACAUGGUCAAUAUCUCCUCCGACAACGAGAUGGACGGCAUCGUCAAGGUGACAUUGCACGGAACAGGUGGCGACACGUCCGUCAUUCCCCUCAUGAAGUCUAACGAAGUUGUCAACUCAGGUAAGGUUGUCACACACCUGGUCAGCGCCCACCAGUCCAUUGGCAACAUCACUGGUAUCACCGUCAGCUACGACAAAACCUCCAGCUUCCUGGUCGGGUGGAUGUACCCGGAUGACUGGAAGCUGAUGGGCAUCUCCGUCCUAGAAGGGGAAACACAGCAGACAACGUCAUUUUGUGCCUACGGCAAGGACGUAAUGUCCCACUCUCACUCCGACUUCAAGGUCACUGGUCACUGCUCCUAAGUUGACGGGCUGGAGACGGAAUCUGGAUAAUCUUGUAAAUAAAUUAAAGAACUAUGCGUGUC